AUGGCGGCGGAAGAGAUCCGGGCACCGCCUGCGCCGCCCUUAUAUACCCGCGCCGGCAGCCAAUCAGCGCCGCCCUCUUGCCCCGCGCCGCAGUGCCCCUGGCGGUUUCCGGCGGGCCUGCAGCACCCGCCCGCCGCCGGGCGGCCGGCCCCCCCCCGGCCCCGGCCCCGGCCCCGGCCCCGGCCCCGGCCCCGGCCCCGGCCCCGGCGCGGCCGCUCGGUGUGCGGUGCCGGUACACCCGUGCCCUGCCGUGGGGCCUGGAGUGCGGCGUGCAGCCGCCGUCGCCGCCCGCCUCGCACCUCUGCGUACUCGGUGCCCCCCGCGCCCUUCCCGCCGCGGGCCCUGGGGCGAGGCGGCCGUCGCUGCCCUGGGCACGCACGGGGAGACGGGGACAGGCGGGCCCCGGCACCGGGGUUGGCGGGGGGGAAGGGGGGGGUGGUAACGUGCAACCCAGAAACCCCGUUCAGGAGGCGGGGCGGGCGCUCCGGGGGCGGGCACAGCCGGCGCGGCACUCCCCGCCGCUGGGGUCCCGCUGCCGCCGCACUCACCUCCCGCCAUCCGUGGCGGCCCGGCCCGGCUCCCCGCGCAGCCGCAGGGCGGAGCGCCCGCCGCCGCCGCCGCCGCCGCGCUCCCCCGGUGCGCCCCGCGCUCCACGUGCCGCCGCCGCCGCCAUGGGCGUGCUGCCGGUGCCGGCGGAGGUGCGCGCCAUCCUGCUGGACAUCGAGGGCACCACAACCCCCAUCGCCUUCGUCCAGCUGUGUUGGGGCAGCCACAUCUGGGGCUGGACGUCUCCGAGGAGCCUGGCCAUCUGACGGUGUGGUCCCAGAGAGAUGGGAGCUGUGCACAGGCAGGCUCGGGUCUCCUGCUAGCCAAGAUAAAAGAGAAGCGGGUGAACUUAUAAAGGAGACCUUGUUUCCUUACAUCAAAGACAACGUGAAGGAGUAUCUGCGUGCUCACUGGGAGGAAGAGGAGUGCCAGCGGGAUGUUGGACUUCUGAGGAAACAGGCUCAGGAGGACUCCAGCUUGGACGGGGCUGUGCCGAUCCCUUUGGAGAGUGGAAGUGGGGAAGAGGAGCUGGAGCGGGUCAUCCAGGCGGUCGUAGACAACGUGCAUUGGCAGAUGUCUCUGGACAGGAAGACCACAGCACUGAAGCAGCUGCAGGGCCACAUGUGGAGGGCAGCCUAUGCUACUGGGCAUGUCAAAGGAGAACUCUUCGAGGACGUGGUUCCAGCCAUCCGGAAGUGGCGGGAAGCAGGGAUGAAGGUCUAUAUCUACUCCUCGGGCAGCAUUGAAGCCCAGAAGCUUCUGUUCGGAUACUCUACAGAAGGUGAUAUCCUAGAGCUCUUUGACGGCCACUUUGAUACCAAAAUAGGCCCCAAGGUAGAAAGUGAGAGCUACAGAAGGAUUGCCGCCACUAUUGGGUGUGCCACCAACAACAUCCUCUUCCUGACGGAUGUCCCUCGAGAAGCCAACGCCGCCGAGGAAGCGGAUACUCACGUGGCUGUGGUGAUCAGACCAGGCAACGCAGGACUGACGGAUGAUGAGAAAUCGUAUUAUAGCCUCAUCUCAUCUUUCACCGAACUUUUCCUGCCUUCCUCCACUUAGGGAAAGUGGUGCAUGCACAAAAGACUGUGCUUCACCUGAAUUGUCCUUGUGUAACAUUAGGUAAUUUUGUCCAUAAUCAGAAUUUAAAACAAACCCACAUCAUGUCUUGGACCCGCAACUAGUGCAGGCAGGUAUGGAUGGAGAGUAUGGCGUGGGGUCCCUUGUGCAGUAGGAUGGAGGCCUGCAGCAGCCAGCUGGAGCUCGAACAGGGUGAGGAGCAGCACCCAUGAGUCCUGCUGUUCCUCCCCUUUCCCAGCUAGCAAUUAAUUAGCUCAGGGGAUGCUUCCUUCAGAAUCACCCAUUGAAAUCUGGUGCUGAGAUGUCCCACCACAAGCUCCGUCAUUUUUAGAAACAGUCUGCAAACAAGGUAUAUGUCCCCCUGUCCCAGAGGGACCUCCAGGGACCAUGAGGGGAUAUGAGCUUCCUGCAGAUGGGGUUGCUGGCUAAGUCAAAACUUUCAAAGUUAGGGAGAUUAGGAUGCCCAAAGGAAAAUGCCAAAUGUGGACUAUAAUACAGUAUAUUUGGGCUGCCACAGAAAAAGCCAGCCCUUGCUGCAGGCAAACGCUUUAGACCAGGAACAACUUAAAUCUUGGUUAUAUCCACAGCAGGUCUAGGUACAAAACAGUACAACUUGCAUAUGGAAGCUGCUUAGAACUACAUAACCAGCCUACCAGAAGGAGUAUAUAUAAAUAUAGCUUUAAAAAUUAAAUUCUAGACCCACCACACUGCUGCAUCAUGGUGCUGGGCUAUGGGAUGCAACUGGCUGAACACCAAAGUCAGCUUGACUGUGUUUCUGAAGUACCUCCCUUAGCACUAACCCCUGGAGCUCCUUCUCAGUAGCCAACAUCACCCUGUCACACAUUGAUAGCACUGGUCAGCUGUGAGCAAAUCUUGACAAACAACUGCUUCUGAGGGACACAUCCUGCUGCAUUUAAUGAGAAUUAAACCCCUGACCUUUUCGCCCACACUACCUAAAUUGUGCCAAUUUAUAUCAGAUGGUCAUGGAGCUUUUCCAAAUGUAGUAAAUCAAAACACAACUAUGCUUUCAUUGUGUUCACUCCAUCCCAGUAUUUUGCCUUCCUGUCUAUCACCAGUGAUCCCAGCAACUAAAGGCAAAUCUCUUUUUUUUUUUUCAACCUGUGAACACUUUGUUUCCCUGCUUUUGCCCUCUCUGGUCUUUUCUUUAAGGCAGACAACCCUGUCUUGCCAAGGAAGCUGUAUUACCUCCCUGACCAUCUCACAAUUUCAGCAGGGGCUUAGCGGGGGUGCAGGAGUGACAGCCACAGCUAGGUUAUACCUAGUAAUAGUGGAGGCAGAGGCAGUCUGAAACCCCAGUUCCCUGCUGCUGGCGCUUCGUGCAUGGGUGUCAGUUGCUACUUACUCAUUUCUGCAUGGCUACGUGUGAGCUUGCCCUCACGGACAGCCAAAAUACAAUACUAACACAUGCGUUGCCUUCCUGAGCUCUCAUCUACACCUACAGCUGUCCCUGUUGAGGGAGGCUGCAGUGUAGAGAACAAGCAAGAGACAGGCAUUUUGGGAGGAAACCAUAUCAUGCCAGCAUUACCCUUCUAAAACUUUGAUGGUAGCAGGUGAGGCUGUGACACAGCUAGUCUGGGCGCCUUUCUGGGCUGUGUAAUGAGUGUGAUCCUCCUAGAAAGAGCCUGCUAAUUAGCACUGUUACAAUAAGUGUAUCUGCAUGGCUGAAUAGUCCCUGGCUUCCUUAAGUGUUAAUUUUAAUCAUGACACUGUAAAUACUCACCUUUUGUUUUGCCUUUGCCAUCAGAAAGCUAUGCAUGGGGUAGGGCACAAAAAUAAAACUCACUUUCUCCAUAAAAGCA